AUGCAAACGAUGCUACUUUUCUCAGAUAGGCGAGUGAGCACGUCCAGAAUCUCGUCGAAUCGUCUCGUACUUUUCCAUGGACCUCCGGGAACGGGUAAAACGACGCUCUGUAAGGCCCUUGCCCAAAAAGUUUUCAUUCGAAUGUCUGAGUGCUACGAUUCCGGCCAGUUGAUUGAGGUGAACAGCCAUAGUUUGUUUUCGAAGUGGUUCAGCGAGAGCGGAAAGCUGGUGCUGAAGUUGUUUAGUACGAUCACGGCGUUGUUGCAAGACCCAAGGUCGCUGACAUUCAUUCUCAUCGACGAAGUAGAGAGUCUGACAGCGACACGUCAGAACGCUUUGAACGGCAACGAUCCUUCAGACGCUCUUCGAGUGGUCAAUGCGCUGCUUACCCAACUGGAUUCCAUAACAAGGUAUCCAAACGUUCUGCUUUUGUCGACCAGUAAUAUAUUGGACGCACUUGAUUCAGCAUUCAUCGAUCGGGCAGACAUAAUGCAGUUCAUUGGCAAACCGUCGCUGGAAGCUAUUUACAACAUGUUGCAUAGCUGUGUGCUUGAACUACAGCAAGUACAUAUAUGUGCAGUUAAAUUUCCGUGCAUGAUAACUUUGGUGUGCUACCAAUUUUUGACCGUAAUUACUUAUAGAAAAGCUGUUGGACUGAGCGGAAGAAGUUUAAAGAAACUGCCUGUUUUGGCGCACAGCUUUUGUCGAAAGGUAUGCGUAUUAAGCUUGCCUCAUUGA